AGCAGAUACAUGACUACAGCUCUUUCCUCAUGCAUUUGCACAAGGGUUUCCUCAUCCUCUCCCAGGAACGGCUGCCAAUCUCAGGGUGAAAUUGAAUGAUCUGAAAAUGGAUCCAUCUCCUACUGCGCUACCAGCAACCAUUAUAGAGCAAGCUGCCUCGCGGCUAGGAUGCAGCCCAGCAGACAAGAAACUUGCUUUUUGCUUAGAUGAAGAAGAUGAGUUAAAGCAUCUUCGUGAAUGUUUCUAUAUCCCGAAAGUCAAGGAUCUGCCUCCAACUGACCUGACCCUGGUGAAUGGAGAGGAGAGCUGCAUAUACUUUGUUGGGAAUUCUCUUGGACUCCAGCCAAAGAAAGUUAAAACUUACUUGGACGAAGAACUGGACAAGUGGGCUCGAACAGGGGUUCAUGGCCACUUCAAUGGGCAGCGCCCGUGGGCACUGGCGGAUGAAUGCCUCGUGGACCUGAUGGCUGAGCUGGUUGGUGCCCAAAGACAUGAAGUAGCCUUAAUGAACGGACUAACUGUUAACUUGCACCUCCUUAUGCUAUCUUUCUUUAAGCCUACUCCGACACGCUAUAAAAUUCUUCUAGAAGCCAAAGCCUUUCCCUCUGACCAUUAUGCUGUUGAGUCCCAGCUUCGAUUUCAUGGACUCGAUGUGGAGAAAAGCAUGCUCAAGCUGCGGCCACGGGAGGGGGAGGAGACCUUGAGGAUUGAAGAUAUUCUUGCUGUGAUUGAAGAGGAAGGGGACUCCAUUGCUGUUGUUCUGUUCAGUGGGGUGCAGUACUACACAGGCCAGCUGUUUGACAUCCCUAGAAUAACAAAAGCUGGCCAAAAAAAGGGUUGCUUUGUUGGAUUUGACCUGGCUCAUGCUGUUGGGAACAUAGAGCUCCAUUUGCAUGACUGGGGAGUGGAUUUUGCAUGCUGGUGCACCUACAAGUAUUUAAAUUCUGGAGCAGGAGGCCUCGCUGCUGCCUACAUUCAUGAGAAGCAUUCCCAGAGUAUUCAACCAGCGUAAGUGUAUUUCUGUACUUAAAUAAAGGGAGCUGCAAAGGUAUACAGGAUUCCUGAUCAUAGACUUGUAAUAUGUUUGCAUGGAUGGAUGCAGAAAAAAAAUUCCCUGCUUCAAAGAAGAUUAUUAGACUAAUAUUUGUUGCUGACUUAUUGCCUUAAUGAAGAGGGUAGUGCAAGUUUAGGUAAUCUGGUUAUCUGACUUUGUUGUCUCAGAAGGGUUAUUUAUGCUAAUUUGGGUAUAUUUUGAAAUUGUUAGUGUAUGAACUCACAUCUUCAAUAUUUUUUCCUUGAAGUCUGCUAUUCUAAACUAAGUGUAAUCAUAAAAGAGAAUGCUUAUAAUAUUAAAAAUAAGAAACCCAAAUCAUGCCUGUGAGAUUGCUUAAUGUAAAGAGAAUACUUAAUAUCUUCUUUUUAAAAAUGGAUUUUUUUAAUCAUUGAAGUAUUUUAUUGGUGAACAAAAUCAAAGGCAAUUUCAACUUUGUGUCUUAAUAGCUCUUUAAUACUGGCAUGUUUUCAUUAAAAUUAUAUCCACUGGUAAAGCUGGGAAGCAUUACAUGGAGAUCUGUGCUCUCAAAGACUUUAUAAUCCAGGAAAAGCUGUGCUAUCAGAACUGAAGUUAGCUGCAUUAAAAAAAAAUACCUGUAAUUUAAAACAUGAUGUCUGCCCUUUAUGUAUAUUAAGAACAGUAGGAUUAAUACUUUUAAUGCAUUGACAAAUGUAAACACAGUCUGGCUUUAAUGCUUGGAGAAUUUGCUGGCACUUGCUUUCAUUUUAGCUUGAGGAAGGCAAACUAAAUCAGGUUUCAGAGAAAUAAUAUUAUAAUAAACAGCUUUGCUGUGCUAUGUGUUGGUUUCAGACUGUCUAGACUCUCAGGAGAUAACAAAAUAACGCAGAUAAGUUCUUCUCAGUCACCCAUAACAGAAAACUCAUUAGGAUGACAUAUGACCUGCUGUGAGCUGAUUUGAUCUUCAUGUGUGAAUGCUGGCAAAAUAUUCCAGAUAUUGGGAUAGCGCUGCUGGAAAGGUGUCUGUUAGUCCACCCUUAGUCAGCAGGUGCAGGCUUGGUCUCCUGGCCUCCUGCUUUGGCUGUGGGAUGUAGGGAAGAUGCUAUGCAGCGGUGGAAAAAGUGGACCAACUGGAAAUCACAGAAUAGCAAUAGAA